CAGUGACCAAAACGCCGUCGUUUCACUCGAAUAUAUUCCCUUUCUAUGCUCGGAGCUCACAGUUCACUACUCAGAGAGUAGACGAUAAUGGUGCCUUUUGGCGGGAAAAAGGUGACCCAAAUUGUCACCGGCUUCGGCGGCAGUGGCCUCGGCCAGGUCGUAAUCGCCGUCGCCGUCUCCUUCCUCGUCCGCGUCUUCUCCGUCCCCGGCCCUGCCCUCUCGCCGGAAAACGACGAUGCACCCAACGACGAUUCCCACGACGGUGAAACUUCACCCUCCGGGAAGGUCACGCCGGUCACUAUCCGAUGGAGUAACAUCAACUGCUCCCUUUCUGAUAAAUCCUCCAAGUCCGUGAGGUUUUUGCUUAAGAAUGUGAGUGGAGAAGCGAAGCCUGGAAGAUUAUUAGCCAUAAUGGGGCCUUCAGGUUCAGGGAAGACAACGUUGCUGAAUGUUCUCGCGGGUCAGCUGGCCGCAUCGCCGCGGCUGCAUUUGUCUGGUCUUUUGGAGUUCAAUGGAAAGCCUGGUUCCAAGAAUGCUUACAAGUUUGCUUAUGUGAGACAGGAGGAUCUCUUUUUCUCGCAGCUCACUGUGCGGGAAACAUUGUCUCUUGCUACUGAACUUCAGCUUCCCAAUAUAUCUUCUGCGGAAGAGAGAGAUGAAUACGUGAACAAUCUCCUUUUCAAAUUAGGCUUGGUCAGCUGUGCUGAUACCAAUGUUGGUGAUUCAAAAGUUCGUGGAAUUAGUGGUGGUGAAAAGAAACGCUUAUCCAUGGCAUGUGAACUGCUCGCAAGCCCAUCGGUUAUAUUUGCUGAUGAACCCACAACAGGACUUGAUGCGUUCCAGGCUGAGAAAGUCAUGGAAACUCUCCAACAACUUGCACAAGAUGGUCAUACUGUAAUUUGCUCUAUACAUCAGCCGAGAGGUUCAGUGUAUAGUAAAUUCGAUGACAUUGUCUUGCUAACUGAGGGUUCACUUGUUUAUGCUGGUCCUGCUCGUGACGAACCAUUGACAUACUUCUCAAAAUUCGGGUACCACUGCCCGGAUCAUGUAAAUCCUGCUGAAUUUUUGGCUGAUCUUAUAUCCAUAGACUACAGUUCUGCUGACAGUGUCUAUUCAUCUCGAAAAAGGAUUGAUGGGCUUGUUGAGUCAUUCUCUCAAAGACUAUCUACAGUAAUAUAUGCAACACCAAUUACUAUAGAUGAUAUCUCAAAAAGUAGAAAGAAAAUCAGCCAGAGGACUGUAGCAAAGAAGAAAGGUGGUUGGUGGAAGCAAUUUUGGUUGCUCCUUAAACGAGCAUGGAUGCAGGCUUCACGUGAUGCUCCUACCAACAAAGUUCGGGCAAGGAUGUCAAUUGCAUCAGCAAUUAUUUUUGGGUCAGUUUUCUGGAGGAUGGGAAAAUCUCAGACUUCAAUACAAGACAGAAUGGGAUUGCUUCAGGUUGCUGCAAUUAACACAGCUAUGGCCGCUCUCACAAAGACUACUGGUGUGUUUCCGAAGGAACGGGCAAUUGUUGAUAGAGAACGUGCUAAAGGCUCCUAUUCCUUGGGUCCUUAUCUGUUUUCAAAACUGUUGGCCGAGGCUCCCAUUGGAGCAGCAUUUCCAUUAAUGUUUGGUGCUGUUCUGUACCCUAUGGCGCGCCUUCAUCCUACAUUGAUGAGAUUUGGAAAAUUCUGUGGAAUUGUCACUAUGGAAUCUUUUGCGGCAUCUGCGAUGGGUCUUACUGUUGGAGCUAUGGUUCCAACUACUGAAGCAGCUAUGGCAGUAGGCCCCUCUCUUAUGACUGUUUUUAUUGUUUUUGGAGGCUACUAUGUUAAUCCUGAGAAUACCCCAAUCAUCUUCCGCUGGAUUCCUAGUGUUUCUCUGAUUAGAUGGGCCUUUCAGGGACUUUGCAUUAAUGAAUUUAGAGGUCUUCAAUUUGAUCAUCAGCAUUCAUUUGAUGUUCAAACAGGAGAACAGGCACUCGAGCGAAUUUCCUUUGGAAAAAGUAGGAUUAUGGAUACGGUGGUAGCACAAAAUAGAAUACUGUUGUUUUGGUAUUGCACCACCUACCUUCUCCUGGAGAAAAAUAAGCCCAAAUACCAGCAACUUGAAACACCCCCUCUUGACCAUGAAAGACCACAUUUAGAACUGGAGGAGUUCAAUUCUGAACAACCUGACCAGACACCUGAAGCUCCACCCGUUAACCAAGUUGAUUCCAAUCAGCCCCUUGAGUCACCUGAUGUAGAUCCUGUUGGCCCUUUUAUGCUAGAAGGUGCUAAGUAGAUAUCUUUGCAAAGGAUCAUCUGCAAUUACUGAGACAGUAAGCCGUUUCCCAUAGAACAGGACCACAAUCACGAUGUCAUUAUUCGACAUCCAAAACAUCAGCUUGUACUUGUCACUAAUAAUAAACAGUGACUGGAUAAUUUUAGGCUGUAUCAUGGACAUGGUGGUUCAUUUGAUUAUAGCAGCUAUUUUCAUGCGGAAAUCAUCCUCAUUCUUGAUUGCUUUUUCCUUGAGAUGACUCAUCCCCUAAUUGUAUGUUCAUGGCUCUAUUUUUUGGCCUCAUGGUUUUAACUUGCCACCAUUAACUUGGGUUGGUUUUUCUUUUUAA